AUGAACUACCUUCGCCGGCGUCUGUCCGACAGCAGCUUUGUGGCCAACCUCCCAAAUGGCUACAUGAUGGACCUCCAGAGGCCCGCGCCCCAGGGCUCCUCCACCUCCUCUCCCGCCUCUCCGGCCACAGAGAGACGUAACCCGCCCGGAUCCAUCGGCACACCCCCUCAAGCACCGGCCGUAGCCCCCAGCCCGAGCCCCAAACCGGCCCCCAACCCACCCAGCUUCCUCAGCUCCUUCUCCAGCGUGGUGAAGAGCGCACAGAUGGCUCAAAAUGUCGCCGCAGCCGCGCACGCUAAGUCUGCUGCUGCUGCCACGGAAGGAGGGGCCCAGCCUGCCAAAGCCGUCGUGCGCAAGCCCAAGGUCCUCCUGGUCAUCGACGAUCAGCACACAGAGUGGGCCAAAUAUUUCCGAGGCAAAAAACUGAAUGGAGAGUAUGAGAUCCGGGUGGAGCAGGCGGAGUUCUCGGAGAUUAACCUGGCAGCUUAUGUGACCUCAGGGUGCUCAGUGGACAUGCAGGUGACGAGAGGAGGCACCAAAGUGGUCAGGUCCAUUAAGCCCGACUUUGUCCUAAUCCGCCAGCACGCCUACAGCAUGGUCCCCGGAGAGGACUUCAGGAACCUGGUCAUCGGGCUGCAUUUCGGGGGUGUCGCUGGCAUCAACUCCCUCUACUCUAUCUACAACUUCUGCAGCAAACCCUGGGUGUUCUCCCAGAUGAUAAAGCUGUAUCACUCCUUGGGCCCAGAGAAGUUCCCCUUGAACGAGCAGACCUUCUUCCCCAGCCACGCGCAGAUGCCAGUGCAAACCAAACCUGAUUGCGUGAGCAGAGCAAUCGACAGCAAAACCCUGAAGCCUUCUGAAAGCUGGGUGCGGAUAUUGGCCAGUUUGAUUCCGAACUGGGUUUCAGUGUUGCAUUAG